UGUUUGUUUUCUUCAAAUAUGUCUCUCAACUAUCAGGGAUCGACGCUCUCUCUCACGCUGCCAAUUUCGUGUCAGAUAUGUCUCGGAAAGGUCAGGCAGCCCGUCAUCUGUGCCAACCACCACGUGUUCUGUUCGUCCUGCAUGAAGAUGUGGUUGAAGAAAGCCAGCCAGUGUCCCACCUGCAGGGAGCCAAUCACAGCCGAGAACCCCUGCAGGGAGAUCAUCGGAGGGACAAACGAGGGUGAUUACAGUGAAAGCCCUUCUAUGAGGAAAUGUCUGAGGAAAACCAGAGGAGAACUACUUCUUCGAGAGUAUGAGGAAGAGAUUGAUGGACUCGUCAGAGAAAACGAGGAGCUUAAAUUAAAAAAUCAAAGUCUGGAGGAACGACUAAAGACCGCUCUGCUCCCUUGCAACCUUAAUGCUGUGCAGCCAGAUGACAGAGUUUCUCCGUUUGUGGCGCAAGAAUGGGAAAACAAGCUCAAAGCUGCCACAGACAUGUAUGAGGAGAUAAAACAGGGCAUGGACAAGCUGAGAGAGGCAAAUGGGACUUUGCGAUCACAAAAUGUUGACCUGGUGCACGAGAACAUGAGACUGAAAGCAGAAGUGGCUAACAGAUCUCCUCAGAAGUUUGGGCGAUACACAGUGGCAGCCCUGGAAGCUAGGAUUCAGCAGUAUGAGCGUGAGGUAGAUCAGCUGAAACGAGCUCUUGAACGCAGCGACCAGUACAUCGAGGAUCUAGAAUCUCAACUCCGGAAGUCUGAGAACAGAAAACCUGAGACAUGGGAAGCACGCGGGAACAGCAAGGGUGCAGCUGAAGUUCUCCAAAAGCAACAGAAGCUCAACAUGAUGAUGAUGAGAAGCUUGAGCGACGGCGAGAGGAGGUCCAUCUGCAGCAAUCCGGAAGGGGAGUCCCGAACGUUUUCAAGAAAUCACAGUUUGGUAUUCAUGCCGUCAUCAGACCACAACAGGAGCCUGACUGGAGAGCAGAAGGAGGAGGACUCUGAAGGGACCACCUCUGACUUCUUGCCCACCACCCCUUCCUCAGCUUUCCGCUCUCUGACAUUAAGAAGCCCUGGCAUCCGUGAGAAGAAGGUGGCAUUUAAGCCCGUUUCUCAUCUGAGACGGCUCAAUUUUGAAGAAUAUGCCAGUCCAGGGAACUCUAGCGCAGCCUUAGAGAAAAAAAUCAACAGCUUAGAAAAGUUUCCUAAAGGCUUAUUUCAAAAUGAAAUGGAAUCCUCAAAACCUGUUUUCUGGGGCUCUUGGCAGAGAUCAAGCCUACAGGAUCCGUCCCAUCCAUGUUCAAGUAAAGAAACUUUAGCAGAGGGAAACACAUCUGCUACUCUUAUCAGGGAGGAGCCGGAUAGUUUACAGAUGUCCAGUGAGGCAUCUAUGGAUGCUGCUUACCUGGACAAAAUUUCAGAGCUCGACUCCAUGAUGCAUGAUGGAGAGAGUUCAAGCAGCAGGGGAUCCCAGCUCUCCUUGACAUCCUCCCCUCGCAUAGAUCUGGAUAACACGCUUGUCCCAGAACAACAAACCUGCCCAGACACUUUAACCAAUGAUGGAGGCAAACCUGGGAUUCAUGUGGAGAAUAAGAACCAGUCUACGGAUGACGGAAAACACAGCGAUUCAACUGUUGGUGUGGCUCCAACAAGCUCUGAAAAGAAAGCAUUUGCUGCUCCAGUGUCAGAUGGGAAGGAUGGCGCCCACGUUCCCAGCUCUGAAGAGCGCGCUGGGCCUUCUCAGACAGAAGAAAUGUCUUUUGACUUGUUGUUCGAUCCUCUGGAUGAGGUUAAGUCUGCUCCGUCUGGCUCCCUCAGUCCAGUUAACCAACAUCAGGACCUUAUGAAUUCCUCAUUCUCCUCUAGCUGCGUUAGUAGUAAGCCUGUGAACACAACAAGGGACAGAAACGCACUUAACUGUAGCCAACCAACAAAAAGGAAGUCACAUAGUCCCUUUAGCACAAGCAGUCCCACCAAACUGUCUAAGCUCAUGUAAUGGCAUUGAAAACUAAAAUAUCUUUGAUCCAAUAGUGUCAUUUAUUGUUACCUUUUGCCUUGUAGUGGUAAAUGAAUUCAACUAAACUAGAACACUGAGGCACUUCUUCUGAGAUGUGCUCGUAGGUCUCUUCUCUAAUGUAAGGCAUCUUUUCAGUUUUAAAAUCUAUGUACAAAAGAAGAGAAUAGAAAUGCUUAUUUAUUUUUUGUUCAAUUUUCCGUUUACCUAUUAAUAGCAGUCUGCAAUUUAGACCAUUGUUUAAUAAAGAUUGUCUUGAAACAAUGAAAUGCUAAAUAACUAUUAAUGUUAGGAAAUAAAGAAGUGCAAAGCAAA